AUGAAGAAAGUCAACUUUGUGUCUGCUGAGGAGAUGGAACCAGUCCAAGAAGGGGAGGAUACACAAUUUGCUGAGGUGUGCUACAUGAGCAAUGGGCAAGGAGGUUACAACAAAGGAUACUAUAAUUACAAGUCCAACCCUGCCAUGUCAUACCGCAACACUGAUGUUGCUAACCCUCAGGACCAAGUCUAUCCUCAACAACAAGCAAGCUCGAUCGAGUCAAGCCACAACAUGGGUAUGGUCAAAAGAACAAUUACCAAGGACCCAAGGGACUUUCCCUGGACAACAAAUGAAUACCACCAGGCUUUCCCCACCAACCACCCCAGCCUGCACCUACAAGAGAAUGAGCUCAAGGCAAUGCUAAACAACUACUUCAAGGGCAAGCUGAUGGAGAUUGUUGCUGCUGAGGCUCCUGGAGUCCAGAUUGAUCAACCAGAAGUGCAACCUACUGUGGCCAUUCACACUUCACCAGUUGAGCUCGCACGACAAGCUCGAUCGAGCUCGAACUCUAGCUCGAUCGAGUCCGACCUCUUCUGUCCCAAGCCGAUUUUGCUUGAUCCUUACCAACCGGUUGCUUCCUCGUCUCGCCUACUUAGUCAAGGUCACAAGGAAGUGAUUCACAAGUUCAGAAGAGAUCUCAGUGGGAUUGGAAUUGAGUUGCCUCUAUGGAUAGCAUGA